ACCAUUCCCACACCCACCCACUAGUGCACAAAAAGAAGAAGAACUAAUGCAUCCUCUAUUUGCUGUAGUCCUUCUGACCUUGCAUAUAACCAUGGCCACCGCAGCCCAACUCCGGCCAGAUUUCUACCUGGAAACGUGCCCGGAAGCUGAAUUCAUCGUCCGGGAUGUCAUGAAGAAGGCCCUGAUUAGAGAACCCAGAAGCGUUGCGUCGGUCAUGCGCUUCCAAUUCCACGAUUGCUUUGUUAAUGGCUGCGACGCUUCUAUGCUGCUGGACGACACGCCGACCAUGCUCGGAGAAAAAGAAGCCCUUUCGAAUGUAAAUUCUCUGAGAUCCUUCGAGGUCAUCGAUGGUGUCAAGGAGGCCUUAGAGAGGGCCUGCCCCGGAGUUGUUUCAUGCGCGGAUAUCAUAAUUAUGGCUGCCAGAGAUGCCGUUGCGCUGACUGGAGGGCCUGAUUGGGAGGUGAGGCUAGGAAGAUUGGACAGCUUAACUGCAAGGCAAGAGGACUCGAAUGAAAUCAUGCCAAGCCCAAGAUCCAAUGCGAGUCUCCUCAUCGACCUCUUUGGCAAAUAUAAUCUCUCUGUCAAAGACCUUGUAGCCCUUUCUGGGACUCAUUCCAUUGGCCAAGGACGUUGCUUUUCCAUCAUGUAUCGGCUGUAUAACCAAUCCGGUACAGGCCGGCCGGACCCUGCCAUUGAGCCCAAGUUCAGAGAAAAGCUUCAGAAGCUCUGCCCGCCUAAUGUGGACCAAAACGUCACCGGAGACCUGGACGCAACUCCCCGUCUAUUUGAUAACCAAUACUUCAAGGACUUGGUCGCCGGGAGAGGGUUUCUGAAUUCUGAUCAAACACUGUUCACGUUCACACAGACGAGGAAGUUUGUGGAGCUGUUUAGCAAAGACGAGACUGCUUUUUUCAAGGCCUUGGUGGAGGGAAUGUUGAAGAUGGGUGAUUUGCAAUCCAACCGUCCAGGAGAGAUCAGAAGGAACUGUAGGGCGGUUAAUGGCCGACAUGUUAACACCGUGUGGGAGUCUUGACAAAUUAAAGGGGCCAUUGACCGAUUAAAAAGGCUACAUAUUAUAAAUUGAUGUGAUGGGUUACUAAUAUAAUCUAAGUAUCUUUAAAAAAAAAUAAUUGAUGUGAUGGUUUUUGUUGGAGACUAUUGGAAAACUAAUACAGUGAUAUAAACAUUACAAAGAAAUUUCUCCUCCU